AUGACUCCAAUUCCUGCAUUGAUGCGAUCGCUAUGUCUAGAUGAAGAAGAGGAAGAAGAAUACCUUCCAACACCUACACCAAAUCGCGGGCUGGAAGUUCUAAAUCAGCAUAUUGAAAGAUUAAGCGGUGGAAGAAUUAGUCCGGUGCGCUUUCAACUCACGCAGCCAAUUCAAGAUGUCGCCAGAAGCACGCGCUCCUACAUAAGACGCAAGUCAAAAGAACUAGUAGGAACAACACUAGAAUGUAUUGCACCAGGGCAGUCUAAUGAACUUCUUGCAUUGGUCGCAAAUCCAACGCCAAUAGAACCUGAACCAGUAAACAACAUUAUGGCGACCCUGCUUUCACUUUACGAAGGCGCGACAUCUUGGUAUACAAAAAUGACAAUCUUGUCUAUUUUUGCGCAGCACUACACUAAAACGCAACUGAAAGACCUGGUUCCAGGCCUCACAACUUGGCGAAUUGAUCAAGCAAGAAAGCAUGCUGUGGUUGUUGGUGCAGGCCAUUCUGAAGUUAGAGAACCCGUGAUGCGUUAUCGUCUUGAAGGAGAGAAAGUCGACCACUUCCUAGAUUUUAUAAGUAGCCCUCACUACCUUCAGGAUGUAGCCUAUGGUACAAGGAAGAUAAAAAUGUCAUUUGGAGAAUGUUUGGAGAUACCUGACUUAGUGCGCACUGUCAUUAGUUCCAGAAUGGUCAAACUAUAUCAGUUGUAUUGCAGUGAAGUUGGCUUUCAACCUCUUGGUAGAUCGACCCUAUUUUCUAUCCUUAAGGUAAAGAAAAAAAUAACUAGAGUAGUCUAAACUGUUAACUGUGAUUUUGGUCAGAAUUAACAAGAGUGUAAAAUAGCGGCUGCAAGUACUCUAGACUCUUUGGUUGUGGGAAGCAGGAUAAAAAGCCACGUUAUGUAGUGAUGUGUUACCAAAUUUUUUCUUUCACAGAUAUGUGCAGCUUCCCAGAAAAAGUCCCUUGCCGGCCUUGAUAACGUCACAAGCGAAGGUGCAUCAGCAUUUGAUACAUUGGAAAGGGUUGUAGAAACUAUGACAUCUCUAGGUACGCUUAAGGUGAUUCAUUAGUAAUAGAACCUAACAUAGAUUGUAGAUGAAACUUGGUACACUGAUUGAACAAGUCAAGAAGAUGGUAAAAAAGUAAUAAAAAGUGGGGGUCACCGUGUUCGUUUUGACGUGAAAAUGAUGACAAAUAGGGCUAUUUGGGAGCAUUUGCAAAAACCGCGGGCAGCCAAAACUAGACAAAAAGGAGAUAUUUUUUAGAUGAUGCUUGUGGUAUCCCACAGAAUUUGACUUUAAUGUACGGUUUAUCCACUUACGUACCAGAAAAAUGCCUUUGUUUUUACUUUACGCUCUAAAGUGGAAUUAAAUUAGACACGCGCUAUUCGACCCUUGAUAGCUCAAUCGGUACAAUUUAGUAAAAUUGCCAAAAAACUGAACAUAGAUUUGUGCCAAUUUCUUUCUCAUCGAAAGGAAGCACUGUCCUUAUUAAAAUCAUGAAAUAAAAAAUGGGGGUCACCGUACUCGUUUUUGCGGUAGAGUUGCAGAAAGUGCGUACCAAAUGCAUUUUCUCCGAUUUUUGAGAGAGGACUGGGGCGAGUUUCAAAUAGAAUGCAUGGUAAAGGGAGAAGAAAGUAUUAAAAAAUCCGUUUUUACAGAAUUUACAUCGAGAUAUUACAUUGAGGACACAAUGUGAUAAAGAAAGCGUUUAAAUGAAAAUCAAAGUGAGUAAGCACAAGUUAAACAUCCACUAUCGAGGUUCUCCGUGAGGAAGUCGAACUCAUUAACACGCGUACUGCUUACGUUAUGCACAUUCCCAACACAUUGAGUCUUUCCUGGACAAGAAACAACAGCAAGUAAAAAUUCCAAUAGCGUUUCUCUUCAGUCGACUUCAUUUUAAUAAUGUUACUUCACAUGCUCUUUUUUACGGAGGCCAUCUUGUUAUGCGCAGUAAGAGAUGCGCAAUGCAAAACUAGGGAAUCACCUUAACCUACAACCUGUAAGUUAGUAACCAACCCCACCGUCUAUUCUGCUUUUAUGCCCUAUUUAAUUUUUGAUCGCUUGUAGAUGACUUUGCUAGGUGAGAUUUAGAGUAUAAGCCGAUUUAUUUGUACUUGCUGUAGGUUCAUCUCUCCAGUGGGCUGAUAACGUUAGACAAAGGGUACGAGCAGCUAAACGAUACUUAAAAGCUGAUUACAAACUUCAUGUGUUGAAGGAAAGUCCCUGUGCUGAUCACUGUAUACGAUUCGCCCUAUCAUCCGAUGACGUCCAGUACAAAACGGCCCGUGACCAUGAACACACUAUGCAGUGUGAUCGAUGUUUAGACUGUGCUAACGUAGCUCACGACAUCAUUGCUGGACUAGACAGUGGUGAUAUUUCGUUUAGGUAAAAAAUACAGUUGCAUACUAUUAGACAUAUGCCAAAUAUUUAUGACUUUAAGGAAAACGCGACCCGCGCUUUUUGUUGCAAACAUUAAGGUUGGUACCUUUGUCCCUAGCGUCUGUUACACGGGAAAAAAGAAACAACGACAUCAAGAACAAACAAACAAAAAAGUAGAAGUUUGUCGCUUACGACAAGUGCCUUAACCUUUGUCUAAGGCUUUCUUCAUUGUACGAUAUAUUGUUAACAGCUAAUGCACAAGACAAGUGAAAAAGCGCGAACAAUUAGUAUUCAUUCCCUUUCCAUUCUUCCCUGUACUCAUCUCUCUUGGUGAAAUCUCCAAAAGAGCAUUUUCUGUAACGUUGUCAUUAUUUCAAAAUCAAUUUUUUUUUCAGUUACCAGGAGCAGAAAGAAGAGCUCAAAUAUGACAUCGAGAAAGCCACUGAAAGAAUUAUGGACUGGAAAUCGCACAUAGUGAGAGCUACCAAUCAAGAAAAAGCCAAAAUAAACAUUCUUGAUAAUCUUACUGAGCGGCAGGUGCUAGUGGUGAUGGAUUGGGCCAUGAAAUGGCUCCCAAGAAGCUACAGAGAAACCCAGGCAGAAUGGCUUGGGAAAAAAAGAGUCAGUUGGCAUGUGUCGGCCUGCAUAACAAGACCUGAUAACGAGGAAGCGGAAUUUGACGUAAACAAAUUUGCUUUCUGAUUCUAAUUAUCUUUAAACUUCAAAGCACGUCACUUGAAUUGAUUUGUCAGAAAAAAAUCAGUUUCAUUCCUUACGAACAAGCCAUAAACGCACGUGUAAUGCUUUUUUUUUUCGUGCUAGCUGCUCUAUAGAGGCAUAGUUUUUGCGGAAGAUGAAGUGAAAGAUACAUAUUUUUUGCCCCAGUUCGUUGGAGUGCAUGUAAAACAAACAGACAUGUGCUCCGUAUGUGGACGAAAACGCAGAUCUAGUGAAGUGUUGUACGUGAGACAACGGGAAUCAAUGGCAGAUCUAGGGGGAGGCUGGGUCCCUGGGGGACUCGGGCAACCACCUUCUUCUUAGGUCAAACUGAGGCCGCAAGGCCGACAUGAUAUAUAAGUUCUGGAUAAGCAGAGACUCUCUGCUAAGUUGAAGGUGUGAAUCCGCUAGUGAAAAUACAGGUCCACUCAGGUUUAAGUUUGAACCAUGGGCGCAUGUUUCCCCCACCCAGGCUUAUAAAUAUACCGCUGGUUACAUGUAACUUUUCAUGAAUUAGCACCCCGUUUAGAGGAGAGCGAGAGAGAAUUUACGUCAUUUCACUCGGAAAUAUGACAAGAUCGGGGUUCCUGGGUCUUCUUGUUUUUUUUUUCUGAGUUGUCGUUACUGGAGGUGAGCCGGGAGACAAUGAAGGCGUUUGUAAUCGAUAGGCUACAGUUGACGUUACAUUAAAAAUUUUUAAUGGUCAUUUUGUUACAAUCUUUUUGUAUUUUUUUCUUUCCAAAGGUUCGGACUUUCGUUCACAUUCUUGAUAAAGGCAACCAAGAUUGGUUUGCAGUCUUAUCAAUUCUGGAAGACCUUGUUCAGCAGCUUAAGCGGUUGUCCCCACUUCUGAAAGAACUAUUUUUACGAAGUGACAACGCUGGCUGCUACCACAACGCUGCGUUACUUAUCAGUGCGCCAACCAUUACAAGAACAGGGGGGUUGGCGCUUAAGAAUUACAGCUUCAGUGAGGCGAACAGCGGGAAACAUGUCUGCGACAGAAAGAUCGCACCCCUCAAAGCACACAUCGGAAGAUAUCUUAAUGAAGGUGACAAAUAGUUUCGGACUAUUAAAAAUUAAUAAGAGGCUGUAAAAAUAGUAAAGUUAUUUGCAUUUCCGAAGACCACAAAAAGUCCGACGAGCAACAAAAAACGUUUUGCGUUUUAAUUGGCCCGCCAACGGUUCACAGCACCCUUCUUUUCACAGUUUUUACGGAUAAUUCUGUCUUGUUUUAGGUCACGAUGUUAUAACAGCGCGUCAGUUAAAGGAAGCUAUUGACUCCUAUGGGGGAAUAAAGGGCUGUCGAGCAUCAGUGAUUGAAUUAGACACAAGAAAGCAAACAACUAACGCGCCCAAGUUAAGUGGUAUUAGCCAGUUAAACAACUUCGAAUAUACUAAAGAUGGUGGAAUGACUGUCUCGAAGGCGUUUAAAGUUGGAGAAGGUAGGAAAAUUUCCAAACAAGAGCUUGCUAAGGUGGGCCAGCCACAGAGUGAGACAGGGGUGAAAGUAAUAUUGCCUUUUUGUGAUCCAGUUAACGCUACCGGGUUGUUAAAGAAAGCUUCGACGCGGCCGCCUGGUGACCAAGCCCAACAGACCGUCGUUUCUCCUACAAAUGACGAGGGCAUUCCUUGGUUCACUUGCCCCGAACAGGGCUGUAUCAAGACGUUCAGAACAAAUCAAACCCUUCAGAGACACUUGGACUUUGGCCGCCAUGAGAUUAAACUCCACGAAGAGUCACAAUAUGACCAGAUCAGACACAAAUGGGCUGAGCAUUGCUCAAGUUUGAAACCACAAAAUCCCUCCUGUGCCUUAAAAAGCCAGUUCGUCCUUUGGAGUAACGGAAGAAAAUGUUUUGUCUAUGGGGUGGGCGCAGACUAAAUCAAAGCGAAGAAGCAGGUUUUCUGUUAAAGUUAAGAACUAUCUGCUCGAGCAGUUCAUGAUUGGUGAAGAAACUGGUCGGAAAGUCACCCCUGCCGAAGCUUCAGCACGAAUGCGCACAGUACGUACCGAGGAGGGAGCUCGGAUAUUUGGCAAAGACGAGUGGCUCACUCCCCAGCAAGUUAAUAGCUAUUUUUCGAGGUUGGCUGCAAUGAAAAAAAUCGAUCAGCAACCAGCAGCAUUGGUUAGUCUCGAAGAAGAAGAUGCUGAGGCAAUAGUC